AUGCAGACUCUCGGUAACGGCAACCUGCACGUUUCAUCCUUCGGAAUGCAACAUGUGGGCAUCUUUCACUGUCGCGUGAUACACGCUGCGGGAAAGGUUGAUAGCCGACCGCCAUUCAUCAUUCAAAUGGAUGCUAACGAACCACCCAGCCUGGAUACUAGUGUGCGCGGCGAGCAGCUGCUCGUUUAUGCCCUACCCGACAGGCCAAUCAAACUCCCCUGCCCGCAUCCGAGGCUGCCGGAUGAGCUGCGUGAUUCGCCAAUCAUCACGGUGUGGGGUUUCAUGAAGAAACUGGGCGAACAGCAACAAUCCAUCACAAACCUGCCUGUUGUUCAUCUGACAGACGAGGACGCAACACUCAACAUUGAGCGUUUCAAGCACGUGCAUGCCAACUUCUAUACCUGUGAGAUUGGUUUUCCUGAGUUGUAUCCCCCCAAACCGUACAACUUCUCCCCACGUCCUCGUAAGAAUCAGCCUCAUGCUGUGAGACUUCGCGAGACCCUUGUUCUCCGCUAUUACCCCGAUCUAACACCCUCAACUUCGUAUACCGCCGAAAACAUCUCUAACCCUCCACCCAGACUUGAGUGGUUCCGCGUUAUGCGAGGUCGACAGGAACCCCUGCGAAUUCCCUCAUUACCCAGCGGACAGGUUGCGUCCAACACCCGGGUCUUUGUCAUGCACGGACGUCACCUCGUUAUUCGUGAUUCUGAGGAGAGUGACAGCGGCUCCUACGAACUUGUACUUACCAGCUCGGCGGGACGUGUUUCCGUGCCGUUUGAAAUUAUGGUCUCAUUUCCACCGGAAUUCGAGCCGCAACAGGAUCCCCCGUCUCAGACGCUGGACGAAGGAGAAUCAAUUCUGCUCAGUUGUCGCAUUCGACGUCGGGCCAUUCCGGGAAGUCGCAUCUACUGGGAAAAGGACGGCAGACCAUUAGUGAACUACGGAAAGGAUAUCAUUCUCGAGGGUGAGGGUGAACGUCGCCUCCAGUUUCUUCACCAGAUUCAAGAGCACUUUCUCGAAACGAAUGUUCAGGGCAAGCUGCCCUGCAAGGUUCGGGGCUACGGUGAUCUCUCAGUGGACUGGUUCCGUAAACCCGACCCUAACAGUUACUCCCUCGAACCGAUCCAGGCACCCAACCAGGUCGAACGUGGCGUGCUUAUCUUCCACUUUGUACAGAAGCAAGAUGAAGGAGAGUACGUUUGUCUCGCCCGAUCUACCUACCGCAAUGCACAGAUAAAUAUGACCGUCAAGGUCAUUGUUGGAGAAAAACCAAAGAUAUACGAUAUCAGUUCCAACAAGACCAUCCGUGAGGGCCAACGUCUUGUGCUGAACUGUAAGGCCUCCGGCGAUCCGAAGCCGCAGAUAAGUUGGAUUGUCAAAAAACCGAGCCUCAAGUACCCGACAGUCUACUCGCCCCUAAUUUCUGGUCCAGCCACAUCAGAGAUGCUGGAGAAUGUCUUUGACGUUGCAGCUGCCGCCUCUAAGGGCGGUUCCGGAGGCAGUGAUGGUGGCAGCGACGAUGGCGUCCGAGGUGGUAUGUCUGCAAACAACGGGAAACUGACACCCGCGGCGACACUAGCACGACUGGAGCCUCGCAAUACCAAGGACGAACGGGUCCAGGUCUUGUCAAAUGGCAGCCUAGUUAUUAAUCAACCUCUUCUGAUUGACGACGCGGAAUAUAUAUGCAUUGCAGGCAAUAAGCACGCCAUUGAAACUCGACAAGGUGUGCAUGUGCGUGUCCUGACCACUGAAGAGUACGCCCAAUAUGAACUCGGGGAUGAGAGUCUGAGUCCAAGUAUGUUGAAGACAAUCAUAAUUGUCGUGAACUGUGCAAUCGCCUAUCUGGGGCUUAUAUUCGGUCUGACAGUUUACUGUAGCCUUCGUCUGCUGAAGAAUCGCAGGAAUCGCGCUCAAAGUGGCAAAACACCCGAAUCAGGGCAGCUUAUCUCUCAGGCUAGCGGACAGAACACUACCCAGGAGAACAACUGCGCCCUCCUGUUAAAUGAAGAUGUAAUGAACACGGGUUCGAGGACAGCAACCGGAUCUCCAAACGACACCAGUGCGACUGAUAUUGCCGUAGUGAAAAAGCUAGGCAGCGCUGCACAACAGCAGCCGGUCUAUCACGGGACACAGAACUACUUUAUGCCUGACGGUGGUCACCAGAACAACUUCUCACUGUCCACCGGUUACUCAACCAACGAGAUCGGAGCACAUCAGAUGAAUAACCUCUACCCGAACCACGGCGGCAUCGGCUCUGUAAGCGUUGCCAGUACAACCACAGCGGAAUCGAGUGGAAACAGUCGGUUAGUGGUUGCGCCACCACCAACGCCGUUGGACUCCAGGUCUCACUUAAGUGGACUCUCCUCGGGAAACUCGGCAAGCGCCUAUUCCCGCUCCCUCAUAAGUGGCGCCUCUAACAGCACAGGCCCUCCAUUCCCUACCGGUAACCCACAAGUUGAGCAUCAAGUACAAGGUAUUCCCGGUCUUCAUGGGGUGUCCGGCGGACACCCGCAAUACCCGCAACCGACACCUGCUGAAAUGAUGGCCUACACCCAUUAA